AUGUUCGAGGUGGUGACGUACGCCUACAAUGGUGCCUCGGCGGCGGUGUACCGUGGAUUGAAAAUAGAAAGGGAGACGCCCAAGACACUAAGGGACCCUGGGACGUUUCUCUCUGGAGCUGUUGCCGGUGGCCUCGGUCGAGUGGUAGCCCUGCCGUUUGACCAGGGCGGUCCGAAGGGCAUUGUGCAGACUGUGGGUCGCCGCGCCCUGCAGUUUGGCUUCCUGAUGAUGUUCUACUGCCCUAUAGCGCACAAGUUACUGCCCACGCUGGAGGAGGACCCGUUGUCGAAGAUGCUGACCACCUUCAUGGUGGGCGCAUUCGCCGGGUUGAAUAUGCGUCUCGUCUCCAACCCCAUCUCGCGCGUCAUGGAUGAGAGCCGUCGCAUGGGGAAGUCGCCCAUGGACGUUGCCCGGAUAAUGAAGAACAAGACCGUAUUGCAGUUCUGGUACACGACACCAAACCUUAUCGCAAACGCCAUAUACUUUGGCACCCUCUUCACCGUCUUCGAGGGUCUUCGUCGCUUCACCGAGCGCAACCUUGCGCCUAUUGUGCAGAACGAGUCGGCGAAGGACACAGUUAUGAUGAGGUAUGAUACUGAGUCGCAGCUUGUUGGGUCGAGUCCGCGUCACCGCGGGCCCUCGGUGGUGGACCACAACUGGAACUGGAAGAACUACACCACCACGAUAGCGUUGAACUUUAUCAUUGGUGGCGCGGCGGCGACGGUGGCAUCAACUGUGUGCUACCCACUUAGUGCACAUCAGUACAUGCAAACAGUGAUUCACGACUCGGCCGUCUGCCGCGGGCUCAUGCCGAUGUUGGUCAAGGAGGUGCCGAUGGUGGCAUUCAUGUUCGGCACGUUCUCUGCCGCCCAGCCUCUCUUGGCGCCGCGUCACGGUGUGCGUUGCGGUUUCGGCUACUAA